AUGAGGCCAUUUAUUCAUAAAAAGAUAAAUGAGGAGGAAAGUAACACACUUGUUGAAGAUGUGGAACAACGUGGGCAACUCAUCCAAAAUUUAAAUUCCAGUAUCACUGGUUACUCUACCCACAUUAAAGAAUUCAUCCACAAUUCCCCUUAUUACAAUGAACACGAAUACAAGACAAAGGUGGACACAUGCAAGGCACUUGUAGCACAACAACAAUCAUUGCUCGACAAACUCCAAACAACAAUAACAACAACAAUACAACCACCAUCAUCGACAUUACCAUCCCAACCAUUUUUACCACCAGCACUAGCACCAUCACCAGCACCAGCAGAUGAACCCACACCGGUUACUACUACUACAAACAUAAGCCCCAUCAAAUCCCUUUACACUGAAAUUUAUAAGGGGCUUAAAUCCAGUACCACCGGUUUCACCAUCAAGCAAAAAAAGGAUAAAAAUGACGCUGAUACAAUUAUUGCUGUAAAAGGUGUCUGUACUACCGUUGAGGCUUCUUUGAUUCCAGACAGGGAUGAUAUCACCACAUUUCAUCAAUCGAGUGUAUAUCAACACCAAUACUCAUUAGAGAUAACACAACACGAUCGUUUGACCAAAUAUAUUUUGAUGCACCCUGAUCAAUGGCAAAAGGACGAAAAAGUGAACACCUGUUCUUUUAAAAACUGUCCUCAUACAUUUAACUGGUUUCAACGUAAACAUCAUUGUAGAGGUUGUGGCCAAAUCUAUUGUAACACUCAUAGUGGUAACCGUCUUCCUUUAUUUGAUAAAGAAGCCAAGCCCGUCUUUUCUCGCGUAUGUGAUAAUUGCUUUUAUCAUUUAGCCGCUCAUUCUCUCUCAUAA